AUGUCGCGGAUCGAUCUUGGAUAUUAUGCCGGUGGCUCGAGUCGUCAACACAUUCGAAUUAUGAUCUCGUUGAUCAUUCUAAUCGCCCAACUCGACCCGUCAAUCGCAGAAGUCUUGAGGAGAUCAUUGGUAGAGAGCCCAUACGGAAUGAAACCACCGGAAUACAUGUUCACACCGAUUCCCGAAUCGCAACCGGACGUCGUCGUCGAGACACGAAGGCCAAUUGUAUGCAACAAUCAGACGGAAUUCGAGUGCAUCUGCGUGCGGCCAUUCAUCUCGACACAUCCAAGCUCGACCAACAACCAUUCAAUUAUGUCGUCGAAGCCCGAUUGCAGUGUGUUCAUAAAGACCGAUGAAUUACCCGUGGUCGAUAUGCGAAUGCGACAUGUCAAUACGGAAGCAAUCAUACAUAGCGGUAUUAGUUAUGAGGAAUAUUUCAAAAAACGAAUUGCGAGCAUUGUUUCACAUUAUUGUCAGCAUAAUACGAACGAAUGUCCCGGCACUACUUUGCGAACGAGCCAAGUGAGUCAGGAGUAUGACAAUGACGAGAUCGACAAAUCAGUGUUAUACGCAGAACGCGACGAGAGUGAACCGCUCUUGAACAAGGAAAACGUUGUAAUUCUACGAAUGGAGCAACUUCGCGGAAAUGUGACGAGAAUUUUAUUCGUUGUCACGAAAAAUGAUCGAGUUGGCGGAAUUGUCAGCGAGAAUCUGAUAAUUGACCCGAUUAAGGUCAAGUAUAUUCUGGCAAGCCAGGUUGGUCCACUUUCACGGGUCUUGGGUGGAAUUCGAAUUGAUAGCGUUCGAGCGGCGAAACUUAAAAGGAACGAGAAUCUCGGAUCAUUAGCUUGGACUACUCCCGAGCAGCGAGCCGACAAUUUGAAGAGCAAUUCGAAGCUCAUCAAGGGACUUCUUGUUGUCUGCGCGUUCUUCCUCACAACCUACUGCAUCGCAUUCGCUCAAUGCAUUCGCUAUUUCUACCGUAAACGACAAGCCGAGCGACUCGCCAAAAUUUCCGAGAAUGGUCUCGCCGCGACAGCGGAACGAAAAAACUAUGGAACUUGUGAGAAUCAGCGGAAACCAUCGAGAAACGGACACGUCAAAACUGAAGAGCGUGUCCCUUUGACAUAUGAACAGAUUGAUGAGAACGCGAACGAUGAACCUCAGCCAUUGACAGAACGUCAAAUGCGGAAUUGGUUCGCGUGUGAUGCCUCACAACUUCCAAGGGAGCCAACAAUCGAUGAUUCACUGAUGACCUACGAAGUACCACAUGGUCCGGUAUCCUCACCAAAACCAACAGAAGACCUCAAAACUAAAGAGGAAUCACCGAUUCUAACGAAACGAGAAGCCCCGAAAGUUGUGGAGAAACAUUCGCCGGAAACUGCCUUCCCGCCUUCAGACGAAUUCACCAACUACGUUGAGGACCAAUAUCAUAAAAGCAGGACCUCAUCCCAAGGAUCGAACGAAUAUAAACCGAAAUCACCGGUCGAAGAUCCAUGGGAUGAACUACCGAAAAAUGUUCCACCCGUAGUUCUUCUUCAAUCCGAAACUCCAGACAUCCCAGUCUAUCCCACAACUAUCGAUGAAGGAGAAGAUUUUGUGGGUAAAUUGGGUGGUCCGAGUACGCCAUUAAUACGACCUCGAUCUCGACGAGGAAGCCGGAUAGACGAAGAGGAAGGAACACUCGAUAUACCCGAAUUGAAGCCAUUAUCAAGCGACGAUCCAUUAAAGGAUCCAAUGGAUGUUCCAGUUCCUCCGGAGCAAAUCAAAACAGAAAUUGAGGAAUCUGAUAGAUGGUCCAGCAGCGAAGACGGCGAAGUCGAUGUUUAUUACAAAAUGAGCGACGACGAAGACGUGACACAGGAAGAAAUCGAGUUCAAGAAAGCUCUCGCGAAGGUGUCCCUGGAAAAGCAAGAAAAACCAAAGAAACAAGAAACACCGCCAUCUUCGCCGAUUCGCACAAAUAAUAACAUCGAAACUGAUUCGGAAGACGAAGACGAGGAUGUAGUGAUGAAGGAGAAAGAGGAUGAGGCGUUUGUGUAUGAGAGGCUACGAGAAGAGCUGUCACCACAACCGCCGAUUGUCGUCGAUCUUGACACCACGGAUCUCGACUUGAAUCCAAUCAAGGCAAUGCCUCCACCACCACCAGGAAUGUUUCCUGAAUCGCCGCCGGAAAGCGGAAGCGACAAUUUUAACGGCAAAAAAAGCACCGAGUACAAUUCUUCGGAUGACGAAGACUCGCUUAGAUAG